UGUAGCCAGUAUAAAAGCUUCGGACGUCUAAACCCAGACACAUGAACACUAGCCACUUGGAACGGGAUAAACUAUGCUCCUAGUUUCUAAUACAUCUUCAGACCAUUACAGUGAUUUCUAUUUGGACUUUAUACACUUUGUUCAUUCUAAAGCGUGCUACUAUUCAUUUCGUUCUAGUCAAUAAAGGAAUACUAAAUGAUUAAAACAGAAGUUAAGUCAAAGGAUAAACUACGCUGCUUCAACUAAUACAAAGAAUAGUUCUGUUUGAAGAAUUGUCUAAUGAACAAUUUCUUUUGGUUCAGAAUUGAAAAUAGUAAAAAAAGAAAGCGAAAAGCCUCUAAUUUUAAACGUUUUUCUGUCAUUAAGGAGUAUUUCUAAUUGACUAUGUGUUUUCACAUCUAAACAAAGUGUGGAGCUCUACAAGUGUCUGUGUCAUUGAGUCAGCUGAAAUGUUCUUUCAAGAAGUCUUGCUACACUCUGUUCUAGUGAUGUUCUAUCAGGUACAAGGCGUCUAUUCCAGCGGAGUGUUGACUGUUAGGCUUGGAGAAUUCAAAAAUCCUUCGGGUCGUACAUAUGAUGGAACAUGUUGUGACCCGUUGGCCAGACAGGAUGACCCAUUGUGCAGCGACCAGUGUGAUUACGUAAUGAGGCUUAUAGUGACAGGGCUUGGCAGAGCCAACGAUCACGUGUUCUUGUUUCAUCGACCUUUGAAAUACGACAGCAACAACAUUGAAUUUGACCACAAGGACAACAAUUUGUUACUUACAGUUUUGUUUGACCACUGGCCAGAAGACGGUCUGGUGAAGAUGAACGCAUUCUUUUACGACUACGAUGACUUUGACCAUACGACUACACUGGUGGACUGGUUCGAGACUGAUCUCAAACAAAGCAACUUCACGUCUGCUAGUGGCGCGGUGUGGGGACAGUAUCAACAGCAGACUGUGGUGGGCAACAGACAUCUGGAUAAAACCUUGCUUACUUUUGAUUGGUCAAUUAUGCACCCGGAAGAUGAACUAGACACACCCAGCAUAGAAGAAUAUGACCAGGAAAUGAAAGAAACGGACUUAAUCACUACCCGAUCAAAUAUUGUGAAAGACAAUUCGGUAUUUCGACAGGAAUCAGUUGAGGUAACAGACACUACGGACACUGGCUAUAGUUUUACCGAACACCCAACAAAGGUUUCUACAAACUCAGAAGCAGACAAUAACGUGAUGAAAUCAGGCGAGGAAAUACAGACGAAUAAUGUCAAGUUUAAAGAGCCAAAUAUUAAUCUUAAAGAUGAAAACAUAGAUACAAAUACCAUUAUAGAUGAAAUAAUUUACAAAGGUAACUCUCCAAUCAAGGAAGAAACCAUUAUUUUUGAAAAACAAAACUUUGAUCAAGAAAAUAGCCAGAAAAUCGAUUCGAGUGGUUUUCAAAAUAAAAUCUCACUCGAAGCAUUGUCAGACGCUGAUAAAUCUAAAUCUAAAAUUAGUUCUCCAUACAGAUCAAGUAAUGUCGUAAGUAAUAUACCAGUAGCUAUUAUGGGAACCAAGUAUUCUGUGACAUUACUACCAACAGUGUCCAAUAGUAGUCAACAAACGAAUGUGUACUCUCGUUUAACUACAGCGUCCUUAGCAACCAAGGCUUCUGAUAACAAUUUUACAUCAAACGAAAACAUUAUGUCUUCAAGUGUUGCACCAACUCUGACGUUAAUAGGUCUAUCUUUAGAUGACUACAGUUCCACUCUUAGUUCUAACAACAACGAGAGAAAUAAGUCUGGUGAACUUUUAAUGUUAUCUUCAUUAGACAACAUACAUGAAAAACCGCAGGGCCAGUUUGAAACAACGAGUAGUCCCAGCAGAACUAAUCAGAACUCUUCCGAAGACGAAAUGAAUAACAAACUAGAUAGAUCUAGUGUUACACAAGAAACAGCGCCACCUACAGCUAGAACUCAACAGAACGUCUCCACAAGUCAACAUGUUACUCAGAAGAACUUAUUCUUUACUACGCUGUCUUUCAAUCUUGAAGACGACCUCCCAAUGUUCAUAUUUCCUCCUCGUGCUCCAGAAACCCCUUACAAUCAUCCCAGACGAGACCAUCAAACAACGGACAUUAACUCUCGCCACUUUCUGGAGAAUGUUUAUAUAAGUAACGUACCAUCUAGUGCCAAUACGACCGUCUCGUCUGCAAGUGUAAGUAAUGCCACAUCCAACAUGUCUACCCAAAACUCUGAAGACCACUUAGCAGUUCAUCCAUCGGCAGUCACUUGGCCUGUAAUGUUAACUUAUUUAUCUCAGGAUCAAAAUCAUUCCACCAAAGACUCUUCCUUUGUUUUACAGCCAUUGCUUGGCAACACUGACACUACCACCAAGCAAGACGAGAUAUUUCAAUCAAAGCAUUUGAAGGAAAUGAUGGAAUUAACUGAAGUUAAUGUAGGCGCAGUAAUCAGCACAUUAGCAGACGACAUACACCCAGCCAACGUUUCAAUCAAAAAGUACAUGGCAGACAUGACUUUAUCAAAAGACAAGACGGUCGACAUCGACGAUGACAUAAAGCAUGAGUCUACUGAAUCGAACGUCCAUGAAUCAAUCUCUGGAAAAAAUGAAAACGAGGCCCCAAAGUUGUGGUACAACGCGAAAAAAUUUCAAAAAAGCAACAGAGAGUUGCUUCAUGACAACAUUCAGGUACUGAAAGCAGUGAAGUUUCAAACAGCAGCUCCCGUCAUGUGGUUUGUCACUGCACAAAGACCACUGACUCAGAUAAAGAGUCAAUUUUCAGAAUUUAUCGACGACAUUAUUCCUGAAAUAUCAGCUUCAUCAUUAACAGUUGCCAACUCAAGAGAACUCCCAGAUAUUGUCAAACAGAAAGAUAAUGCAUUCUACACCAACGCUAUUUUAAACUCGACUAAAAAUGAGCAGUCAACGGACUCUAGCCAGAAGCUUAAUAUUAAAGAAAUGGAUGUCUUGGCGAAAACUGCUAAUAAAAAUGCUUCAACAUCAAAGGUACGACCAAGUCAGUUAAACAAAAAAGCGGACAUGAUUAACAGUGUCGCUUCUAUUGAAUCUCCUAAGGACAGAAGUCAAGCAAAGCUCCCAAUGGAACAUUUACCAGCUCUAAAGGACAAUGUCAAUGACGGUGAACGUCGAACAAGUCAAGUGACACCAACAGUCAUGACAAAUCAGAAAAGAAAUACUUUUCAGAAACUAAGCGAUAUUCAUGAUCAGACAACCAUUAGAAGCGAUGCUGUAGAUCUAACUAGAAAGGCAGAAAUAUUAAAAAGUGGCACCACCUUUGCUGACAAAACAAAUAACGGUAAAAAUGUAGAUACAUUUAUUUCUAAACAGACGGAACCAUUUUCUUCCUUUGAAAUCACUCCAAAAGUAACAUUUUCUCUGGACUUAAGAAAUGUCAACAUCAAUGAUAAAGCAGAUGCCAACACAAAUAAUUUUAAACUGGACUCUAAAGAUGAAGCCAAGAAAUACCCAGCCAUCUACAGCUCUAACACAUUACAAGAUGAAUCUCUUGCAGCGACUUAUGUUGGCACAACGAGGAAGCCGAUUGAUACAAUUAAAGAUGAAACUGUAGCAUCAAAUUUUUUUACAGGCCAGAUCUUGAGUUACCAGUCUAAGGACUACAAAGAUGGCGCUGCUCAAGAAAAGAUUGUUGUAGACGACAUAUUUGAAAUGCAGCAUGACUAUCGUGAUAGAGACGCCGCAAAGACUAAUGUCAAAAUAACUAACACUUCAGAACACGGGCAGAUUGAUGAACACUAUUUCAAGGGAGAUCAGUCUAGAGUGGAAAAAGCUGAACCGGAUGACAGGAGUGCUGCCAGAUCACUCCAAGUGAUUCAUUCCACAAACAAAGUCAAGGCCAGCCAAGACGAAACAACUAAUAUUUACCUACAGUUUUUAAUGAACACUGACCCUUACAAUAACAGAAACAAUUCUGCUGAAAGUGUUGAGGCUAAAAAAGACGUUAAAAAAAUGGAUACAGCACUUGACAAAAUUGAAUGGAACACAAUUCUUAGUAAAACGGAAGACUUUGUGAACAUAAAUGAGCAGACGACUAGAAGGAAUGACAUCAAAGUUCAGCCAAUAGAUGGUAUACUAUCAACAACUGUAACUCCAACGAAAAUAGAUGAAACCGUUCAAAGUCUCAAACCAAAAGUUCUCCAACAAUCUGCACCUAAUCCCAACUUCUUGUCCAAUAAUAUUGGAGCUCGUGACGUUGAGAUUCACACGUUCAAAGACAACGUUUGGACGACAACAAUGGCUAGCUGGCCAAUCACAGACCAGGAGCUCUCCAAUCAAUUAAAAAUAAAUAAAGAGACUGACGAUACUUUGGACUUUUAUAGCAACAAGAUGAACCAGAAAUCUGACAAUUUAGAAUCAGCCAAUCAUAUGUUUGAAUCUCAAGAGAAUAGCAAGGAAGCACAUGACAUGAAUUUAAAAACUAAAGGCACAGAAGAAUUACAUUUUAAAUCUCAAAGUAAUAAAUAUAAUAAACAUUUUCACCAAGAAAAAAUUGAGGACACAAAAACAUUUUCUUAUUUAGCAACUAAAGAUUCCAGCCAUCAUUUAGAUCAAAGCAACCUGUCUAACGAAGAACAGCAGGAUUCUAUAAAAUACGGAACACCAGUAACAGAAAACGUCUUGCAUAGUCAGUCAACAUCCGACAGAUACACAAGUGGAACUUCUUCUUUCGAGCGCCAAGUGACUCGACCAACAUUAGGUGCUAAUAAUGUUGCUAAAAGCCUUACUGAAGUCACCAACAACCCUCAAACAAAUCCGACAAACUUUGACUACACUGCCAACAUUCUCACAAGCUCUGUUGAUGUUAAAGACAGUCAAGUUAAUGAAGUAACACAAGACUUCAACGAGCCCCACAGAACUAUCGAAAGGAUUGUAUUGACAAGUCAGACCACUGAGGAAAGACCUCCCACAGGAAGUGCGACACCGAAAACUAUGACCGAAAAAGCUGAAGAGAAAACAGCCAUUGAAAGUUCUACAAGGAAAUUUCAAUCCACUGCUGAACAAACUACAGGGAAAUCUCAAUCCAAUACUGAACAAACUACAGGGAAAUCUCAAUCCAAUACUGAACAAACUACAGGGAAAUCUCAAUCCAAUACUGAACAAACUACAGGGAAAUCUCAAUCCAAUACAGCACAAACUACAGGGAAAUCUCAAACCAUUACUGAACAAACUACAGGGAAAUCUCAAACCAUUACUGAACAAACUACAGGGAAAUCUCAAUCCAAUACAGAACAAACUACAGGGAAAUCUCAAACCAUUACUGAACAAACUACAGGGAAAUCUCAAACCAUUACUGAACAAACUACAUGGAAAUCUCAAUCCAAUACUGAACAAACUACAGGGAAAUCUCAAACCAAUACUGAACAAACAACAGGGAAAUCUCAAACAGCAACUAGUUUUACUAAUGUGUACAUAUCGACAACGCCAUCUCUCAGGGUUGCAACAUCUAAGAAUGUAGCAAGUGUUUCCAAAACCCAGAAAAUCAAUGACCCGUUUGAUCUGAUGAGUUUGUUUAUGGCUAACAUCAAGCUUUUGAACAUUCCAGUUACGACUGAGGAAAUGGCGAAUGUAGCAGGUAGUGUUACACCAUCAAUGUCUGAAAAAUAUGAAAAAACCUUUCAAAACGGUGGUUCUUUUAACCAGCAGAUAGAAGAAAAGGAUUUAUUCGACAGAACAUAUUUGAACGAAGAGAAAUAUAAAAUAAUAAAAGACUUACCCACGACAUCUAAAACUUUAAAUUAUAAAGAUCAAGACAGCACUAGAAUUGUACUAAGCACAGAAAGCAGUAGGCCUACACCAUUUGUACUUUAUAGUGCAGCAGUAGACAGGGGUGUUGAAUUGAACCAGAAUAGAAAGGCGACAUUAGCGGAAAGUAAUUUACUACAAGCUGAGCCAGAUGGUCUUACUGAUCAGCAGGGCGAGAAGUAUUUGGACAAGCCAGAUAUGUCUGAACACGAAACACUUAAUACAAAUGAUUUAGAAGAUAAGACAAAUUCAAAACUGGCCAACAAACAGAAAGUUGAGGAAUCAAAAAGUACACUGAUACCAGGGGACAUACAUUUAAUACAAAAACACGGUAAUAAAAAUAACCAAGAAACAAUAAGGACAAAUUUCAAACCGGAUGAACAAAGCAAACCUGAAACAACAACGCAAAAGGUAACUGAACAGAACAAUCCAGAAACAACAACGCAAAAGGUAACUGAACAGAACAAUCCAGAAACAACGACGCAAAAGGUAACUGAACAGAACAAUCCAGAAACAACAACGCUAAAAGUUAACGAACAGACCAAAGUAGAACAAACAGCUCAGAAACAAACUGAACAGAACCAACCAAAUGCAAAAACAAACGAACAAUACAGUUUAGCUGAUCAAACCAAAGAUGAACAACGAGAUGAGUACAGGUCAGAAGAAACAUCCCAGGUAAUGAUGACCCAGGUCGAAUUAGAAAAUAGAAACAUGUUUAAUACAGCGGAAGUAAACAGAUCAAAAGAAGAAAUGUUGAUGAAACAUGUCCAACAGUUAGAAAAUAUGACACAGAAUUCAAUCGAACAAAACAAAGACAAACAAACCAACCAAAUAUUUGAACAAAACAUACAAGUUGAAAUAUCAACAGAGUCCUUACCUGAAUCAGAACAAAUCAUCACACAUUCAAUAGAGCAACUAACUAGACAGUCAAUAGAUCAAACUACCUUUCAAGAACUAACAACAUUUAACCCCGAUAAUUUACAAAAACAAUCAGAUUUUUCUUCAAUCGAAUCCACGUCAGAAUCGAGAUCACGUGAUGUUGAAUCUCCAGAGGGAAACACUCCCUCAGACAUCAAGGCAUUGUCGUCUGACACCCCUACAAACGAAAUGGGAUUGACAUCCGAACUGAUAUUUGGUAAUAAAGUUGCAGCAACCAAAACUUAUCAAUUAAGUCAUUCUAGAAAUCUUAAGUCCAACUUGCUACCUGGCAUAUUACAACCUGUUCUUUAUGUCCCUCCUUUAAAAGAAACCAAGAUGGCUGCUGUGGACAGCAUUAUUCCAAAACGAACUGUCAACACAGAGAUGAAGACUUUGCCUGAACAUGGCUUCAAACUUCAUGCUAGCGUUCAGAACGAUGGAAAUGUACAUCAUUCAUCACUUCAGGAAUUGCCAACUUUGCAGCUCUCUGGAGCCAAAUCUGGGACGAAAAGAACGAAUAUCCAAGCCAAAAUAAACUUAGACAAGUUAAGAGACUACAUGCAAAUAAUUCGUUAUCGACCCACCGUUAAAGUGCCUAACCACGGCCUCUAUACGCCCAAGAGUGAAGUGCUCAAUCUGACUGAGUUCACUGCCCUAGUGCUGCCCAAAUCAGUGGAACGCUAUGGAUCAACGUACCAACCACUGGUAGGAGUCAGCACCGUCUUUACACGUUACUGGCCUGCUGUCUUGGGUGUUACCAUAGGGACAACAUUCUUGUUGACGGCUUUGAUCACAUCUAUACUCUGUAGACAACGAAGACUACUAAUUCAAAGAGCGAGGUGGCUGGACUCGCCCCAGCAUCUAAGUGAACCUCCAGACCCAAGUGAAUACGCCACAUCAUCAGCUGCCUCCUUAACCAGCGAUUUAACUAGAUCAUCAGUCAACUUAAUAGGAUCACGCCAUGGUUCACGGUAGACUACAAGGGUUCUUGUCCAGAUGUCAUUUUUCCAGGUUAAACAUCAAGUCCGGCCAUUCCGAGUCAUCACUGAAUCUAGAUGAUGACAGACGAGUUACUGUCCAUUGAUUCACGUCUCGUCAUCCCUGGUACACAAGCCUUAUCCAAUGAACAUGAUACAGCUACUUCAAAUUUCUGACACAAAAACGAACUAAUUUAAAGUGGCCAACCAAACGUCACAAUAAAAACCCUGCUUUCACGCCCCCCUUUUUUUGUACAUAUUAUAUAGAGCUAGUCUUAAACGAAUGCUAUUUAAGUCACAUGUACUUUCAUUAAAUGCAGAGGCUUGAUCUUUUUAAUAGCCUGAUAUGUGGAACCUUCUAAAACACCCAUCUUUCUUACUAAUAUCAAAAGGGUGUGUCAGCGGGAUAUUUUGGGACCUGCAAUAGAAAUAAGACAUAAAUCGGGACUUUUGAAGAGUUUGCUAUGCAGUGAUUUCACCAAUGAGGUUCCCCUCCCGCAAUAUUUAACGAAAUUGACUAAUAAACAUUCCAUUCAAAAGACAUGUCAAGAUAUUCUCUCUUACUACUCUACUUAAUAAAUCCUAAAAAUAGAACUUAAAUGGAGAUUUUCACGGAACUAAGUAAGGUCAAGGUCGCUAAAUUGAAAUCGCCAACUGAAAGCCACCAAUAGAAGAGCUUUCAAACUGCUCCAAUGUGCCCACACAUGAGAUCUAGAGUGUCACUUAUUAGAAAACAAAGCUUACCAACACGACGUCCUUGACGUUGAACACCGGAUACACCAAAAAGCUUGCUAUUUAUAGUUUGUCCGUAUGAAACUCUCCACUAUUUGGUGAACAUGUAUGUACAAAGACAUCUGAGCUUGACUGGGAUAGAUAGAAGUCAUGUAUGUUGGAAACAAACUUUCUUUGUAAUAAAUGUUAUGAGUGCUACUUGUGUGGAGACUAUGUGUAUGUGACAAUCAUUUCAUGCUGGCAUGAACAUAUCAAACGUUACAUGGUAGGGUCGGAUGUUUCCUUCAGAUGUGUAGAUGUGAAUGUUUCCUUCAGAUGUGUAGAUGUGAAUGUUUCACGUGGUGAAAAGAUCCCUAAACCAUAGAUGGGAUGGCCUACUUUUAUAAACUAGUUUCAAUGGGGAAGAAAGGAUGGCGACACGUUCAUAAUAUCAUCUGCAACCCCAUGACAAACUUACCCAUUCAAACAUUUAUUUUUGGUUCGAUAUUUUCAGAAGAUAAUCACUAUAUUAUUAUUUGUAUAAAUCAUGUGUGUAAAUGCUAAACAAUACUAUCGGUAUUGUGCGGAUGUAUUGCUCUGAUCAACUUCAUUCUAAAUUAGUUCGUGUAUCUAACAACCCGCAGGAAAAAAACAACACUCCAGCGUCCAUUAUAAUUUGAUCACGAGCAAACACUCAAUGCAAUGUUUCCACAAAGUCCUCGUGUUUAUAAAUGAAAUAAAAUGAUGAUAGAUUUAGUCUUUAUAUUGUUGUUUU